GUCAACUGACUCUGCUUGUCUUUAAAUUGCAGGAUCUGCCCUCUCCUCUUUGCCUGCGAAUGCUUGGUCAGACCAAACACGAAGAAAUAAUCAAGGAUUUGGUGUGUGCUUCAAAGGUCAUCAAACAACACAAAAUGGAAUGCAUUAGUGAGUUCAUCCCAUUUGCUAAGGAGAUGCUGAGAGAGAGGCCCAGCCGGAGCAUGCUGAAGAUCUACAUGAUCGGCUCCACUGUGGCAAUGCUUGGAAUGGUCGGUGGUUUGGUGGAAACGAUUGUCCUGCCCUUUGUGGAGAAGGAUCCUUUUGAGGAUGAACCAUUAGAGCUUGUCAUGGAGAACGAGACGAAAAAGAAGCAGGUGUUGAAUUCCCAGCCUCCCCUGGUUCAUACCGAAGUGGUGGAAGUGCCGGAGGCGCUGGCGAUUGGAGCCAAGGCCAAACAUCUGGUGACCGCUGGGAGGAGAAACUCAGCCAACCGUUUACAUGCUUCUUAAAGCAGCAUGUGCCCCUCCUGAUGCAAAUGGACAGCACAGUUACAACACUGGUGGUACCACUGGUAAAUUAAUGUUGAACUAGUCCCUUUGUGCUUGUUCAUUCAUUUCAGAUUAGAUAAACAUGCAUUGUUCCCUUUGUUGACUGGCAAAAUGAGAUGAGAUACUAUGCAAACUGCAGGUUACAGUAAAAUCUGGCUGCUGGGCAGCAGAUACUUGUGGAUGUGAUGUGAUAAUGUGCUGGAAGAAUAAAAGAUUGUAUGUGAGUUAA